ACAUUCAUCUUUUGACAGCUGCGGAGGGGGCCGGACUGGGUUCUUCCGAUAGUAGCAGUCCCAGACCCGACUUCCCCGCGAGCGUUCACCCUUGGUCCGCUUAUCACUAGAGCUGUCCUGCAUUCGCCUCCUCCUUGCUGGCGCGUAAUGAGUUUUGAGCGACGCAUCUGAAAGCCAUUCACUGCCGAUGCUUGUCAGCAGCUUAAACCCAGCAGCUUGACUCCAGCAGUGGUUGUGGCUGAUGACUGUACAUCCCCGGAAAGUGCAGGGUUGCACAGAUCAAGGGUCCUUGCACAUCAAAGUCUGCUCUUUCUUUCCCCACCAUUCAAUAUAGUAUCCAGAUUCGCAUGUUUUAAGAUAGAUAUGCUCUCACUCAUGCCUUCGGAAUCAGCAAAUUCGUCGCCAGGAGCCAAUUUUUGGUAUGGAAACAACUUACCAAACGGGUUGGAAGGAAUGUCCUUGACGCCCGAUGCCACAAAUCCCAGGAUGCUCCGGCGAGCUUCUGAGGCCGUUAUCCAUUCAUCUUCUUUUCAUAGUCAAGGUUCGGCAACGUGGGACCAUAGUGUAGCAGCACUACAUCUCGAUACAUCGCAUGCGACUCUUCGAGGCCAGCCUUCCACCGUAGCAGCGGCGGCUGCCGCCGCCACCGCUCACAAAGCUCCUUUGGCACCGAAGCAAGGCCUUGCGGGUGCUUUGGCCAGUUCCAGAAAUGUGCACCAGUCACCAAUUGCAGGCACCUACGCUCUUCGCACGCCACGAGGCAAAAUUACAUCGAUAGCAUGUGAGAGUUGUAGGAAGCGCAAAUCCAAGUGCGAUGGUGUGAGACCGAAAUGCAACACAUGUCAAACAAAAAACCUUUCGUGUGUUUACGAUGUGGCGGAGGACGGAAAGACUACUACCCAAUUGCGAGCUCAUGUCAGAAGGCUGGCCAAAGAGCUUGAUGAUAUGAAAUCGAUUGUCACGCUGUUGGCAAUGGCACCGGAUCGAACUUCUGCGGCCAACUGGGCGUCGGAGCUAGAAAGGAAUGGAUUCGCACAUCAUACACUGGAGGAGGUGAAGAAAUCUCUCCAAGCAGUUGGUGACGGAAGUGUCAAUCAGUUGGUCCACGAAGACAGUCUGGGGACGCCUCCCAGUGAAAACUUCCCGCAAGCAUCACAGAGUGUUGCUGCCUCAUCAUAUGAUGGCUCUUCUAGAGACGAGAGAGAACAAAGCCAGCCAACACUAGCAUUUCAGCUCCCUGAAUCCGUGAUGAACGGGCCUGCAUCGUUUGCCAUGAGCGAAUCUAAUGAGCACAGUAAAUUCAGCUUUGAAUGCGCAUACUACAAAAGAGUAAAGAGGGAAAUGAUCGCAAACGGGUGGGAUCAGGAGCAGAUCUAUGGGAGUGAAGACAUAGACGUAGAUUCGUUGCUCCUGGGGUUCAUGGACCCCCAAGAGACGCAAUCGAUACCUACCUGGUCAUCCAGGAUGGUGAAUAAGAUGCUUCCGACUGUCGCAAUGCCAACACGGCUGGCUUCGACUUUCCUGUUGACGAAGAUGAUGCGGUGGCUCAUUUGGCCUAGCGUGGAGCAUAUGAAAUCUAUGCCAGAAUGGUUGAUGCCACUAGCGAGAACAGACUGUUCGACGUAUGACCUGCUGGUGGACCUUAUUCCUUGGCCUGAAGUUCGCCAGUAUUUUUACCAAAAUCCUGACCAGGUGAUCGGGGGUGCUUUCCUCGGGCACAUCAACAUCACCUGGCCAUAUGCAGAGGAUGCGUGCCAUUAUUGGGAUAUCGAACUCGCGUGCACGCGUCUAUCGCCGCUGUUCGAGAAUCACAUCAGCAAUAUCAAUAGCUGGACCCUGGACGCAAAGGCGUUGGAGGUGAUGCCGCAACUGCAAGGAAUAGUCCCGGUCACACAGUAA